GGUGGUGGAACAACGGAAGUACUGUCAGACAAGAAGAAGAAGCAGCUGCAGAAAAAGAAGGAUAAAAAUUGAAGAUCCGCUUCAGCGCAACCGUCCAGCCUACCCAAGACUUCCAGCCCGGGUUUGUGGCCUGAGCUCGUCCGGAGGAAACCACCGCGUUUGCGCCUGAGGAUUGAAUCCUGAAUCUACGAGAUAAAGGGUGGAGUCGAAAUCUGAAAACACAGACGGAGGCUGAUGUGAUGGUGGGAUGAAGACGAUCUGAGGAAGAGGAGUUCGAUCCUCCUUCAGCCGCUGCAGAGGAACAAUGGGCUCUUCAAAGAAGAAAUGUAAAAGACAAAGCAAAGUGAGAACUCAGCGAUCUCAGGAUGAUAAGGCUUCCCCAGCAACAAACAAAGACAAAUCACACCCCUGCGAAGAAUGUGGAAAGGCUUUUCCCACUGCAAAACGGCUCAGAAACCACCAACGCAUCCACUCUGGAGUGAAACCCUUCAACUGUGAGCACUGUGAAAAGGCUUUUAUCACAGCAGCAGCUCUAAGAAUUCACACACGUAUUCACACUGGAGAAAAACCCUUCAGCUGUGACCAGUGUCAAAAGACUUUUCGUCACACAUCUGCCCUCACGGUACACAAGCGCACCCACACUGGAGAAAAACCAUAUCCCUGUGAUCAAUGUGAGAAAGCUUUCCCAGUUUUAUGUGCUUUAAAAGAACACCAGAACACCCACACUGGAAGGAGACCGUACUCCUGUGGCCAGUGUGGAAAGUCAUUUAAUCAUAUAGCAGCCUUGAAAAGACACCUGCGCAUCCACACUGGAGAGAAGCCGUACACCUGUGAGGAGUGUGGCAAGUCCUUCAGUAUACUCAACUACCUGAAGGUACAUAAGAGAGCUCACACUGGAGAAAAAAGGUUCUGGUGUGAUGAGUGUGGGAAAGGAUUCACAAAACAAAAUAGUCUCAGAGAACACCAGAACAGCCAUGCUGGGAAAAAACAACAUUCCUGUGACCAGUGUGGAAAAGCUUUCUGUUGGGCAGCCAGCCUCAAAACACAUAAGAAAAUACAUGAAAAUGUGAAACAGUACCUGUGUGAGAUAUGUGGAAAAGCUUUCCUCUUGAAAGGAAAUCUAAAGAAACACAGUAAACUUCAUACAAGGGAGAAGCGUUACUCUUGUGACCAGUGCGAGGAAGCUUUCACUUCAUCAGCUGAGCUCAGAAGGCACCAGCGAGUCCACUUUGGUGAUAAAGUAUACCGCUGUGAUAAGUGUGAGAAAGGAUUCACACAGUCCGGCAACCUCAAAAUUCAUCUACGCACUCACACUGGAGAAAAACCAUACAAGUGUACCCAGUGUGAAAGAGCUUAUGCCAAAAAACGUAGCUUAGCAGUGCACCUAGUUGCCCACUCUGGAGUGAAACUACAUUCCUGUGAUGAAUGUGGGAAGGAGUUUGCUCAUUUGGCAUACCUGAAGAGGCAUGAGCUCGUUCACAGUGGAGUGAAGGCACACAGCUGUGAGCUGUGUGGAAAGGCUUUUGUCAGCAAGAGUAACUUAAAAAAUCAUCAACACAGGCAUACUGGAGUGAAACCAUACAAGUGUGAUAAGUGUGGGAAAGCUUUUUCCUCCAAGCAAGUCUUAACUCUCCAUCAGCAUACCCACUCUGGACUCAAGCCAUAUCGCUGUGACCUUUGUGGAAAAAACUUCAGCCAGAAAGUGACCCUGAAAAGACACAGACGAAUGCACACGGGAGAGGAUCUGUACUGCUGUGAAGUAUGUGGUAGAUGUUUUCCUUUGUAUUCUGGACUAGAAGCCCACAAAGUUACACACACAGGGGAGAAACCGCAUCGCUGUGAACAGUGUGGGAAGGCUUACAGCCAUUAUCGCAGCCUUAUAAUCCACAAACGAGACCACACUGGGGAGAGACCAGUCAAAUGUGACCAGUGUGGUAUGCGUUUUAAAAGUUCCAGCUCUCUGUGGCACCAUCGACAGAUUCACAAAGGAAAGAAACCAAUUAAGUGCCAUCACUGUCAGAAAUGGAGCAGCACAUAUGGCUCAAAUCCUCGACGCUGUCAGCAUUGUGGCAAUAAACCAUACCGCUGCGUCCAGUGUGGAAACACUUUCAGCCAGCUGUUAACCUUAAGAAGACACCAGAACAUGCACACUGGACACAAACUGAACUAUUGCAAAGAAUGUGGGAAAGGCUUCCCAACACUGGGUCUAUUAAAAUGCCACAAAAUUGUCCACAGUGGGGUUAAAGGUCAUGUCUGUGAUGUCUGUGAGUCAUCAUUCACCAACGCAGGUAAUCUCCGAAGACACAAACGAAUUCACACAGGGGAGAAACCAUUCAAGUGUCGACAUUGUGAGAAAAGUUUCACAUCCUCAGGUCAUCGCACGCUUCAUGAACGUGGGCACACUGGAGAAAGACCAUACUCCUGUGACGAGUGUGGGAAAAGCUUCAGACAUUCAAGAUCUUACCGCAUACAUCAUCUCAUCCACACCAAAGAGAUAAUAAUUCCUUGUGAAGUUUGUGGAAAGAUAUUCAACUCCCUGUCUUCAUUUGAGUACCACGAACGUACCCACACUGGGGAGAAACCUUUUAAGUGCAAACACUGUGACAAAUCCUUUAUUUCAGCAUCUAUGCGCGCACGACAUGCACAUGUUCACGACAAAGAGCAACAGUAUGACUGUGACCAGUGCGACAAGAGUUUCAGGACUCACAAUUCCUACACCAUUCACAAGCGCAGCCACAUUGCAAAUAAGCAGUUUUAUUGUUACCAGUGCCCAAAAAUAUUUGCUUCAUCGCGAGGUCUGUGGAAACAUCAGGUCAAACAUGCUGAGCAGAAAUCAUUUCCUUCACUGGAUAAAAGGAAGUGCCUCGAAGCAUCUAGCCAGACUUAUGGUCUCAGACUUAAAACCCUCGAGAUCAGGCUGCACAGAAUAGAUAUAGAUUCCUGAGAUUUCAGUUAGUGUCACGUUUUGUGUACUGUCUUAACUUUCAGUACCUUUAAAGUUCGGUAGCAGUACAACAAAGUGGUACAUUAGAUUAUCCAUUGUUUGAUGACCUUAUUGGUCUGUUGUGCAGUGGUGCUAGUUUCUCUAUAGGCCCUGAGAAAACCAGUAAAAAUGUAGAGUAAAAAAGUGGUUUAGAGAUUGAAAUGAUAAAAAGAAAUAUUGUUAAACACUUAAGCCCCACACCCCCGGUACCGGGGGCAAAAAGGAGGAGAUCACGUUUAAUCGGUUAUAACGCGGGUUGAGAAAUAUAAGUCCAGACAUGUGUGGUAUCCACAGAAACCUCAGAAUCUCAGCUAAAAUGUCAUAAAAACCAUUUCUACAACCACCAAACACACCAAAAACAAGCCGUGAUUAAACGAGCAGUUACGUAAAUGCGCAGAAGUCCGCUAAACAAACAAAACCGAACCAGAAAUUCUUCAGACUUCGUGUAACCAGCUAGAGAUAGGCUGGUUAGCUUCCAGGGCUAUCACUGACUCCACACACCAAGUUUCACCACGAUCAGACCAAAAUUCACUGAAUGAGCCGUAAAAGAAGACCACAAAAACACACAGCAGCGCAAUUGCGCUAAGACAAAAAUUGGCUUACCGUCCCGAUUUCCUCCGUUAUUGUAGCUGGUAGCCAUGUGAACAGUAGUUACCAUACCUACCUAGCCGCAUCAGAGCAAUUUUCCGUCAACAACCUCCAUUUUAGACCCACCUACAGACACGUGACUGAACAGACGCCACAUGCUGUAAAUUUGGGCCCACGUGGGUUUUGGCAUCACAACGUCUGAUUGGUUGAAGUGGCGUGAACGUGGCAUCGUUACUGUGAAUCUAUUGGCUCAAACGAUUAAAAAGAGGUGUCAAUCACGCAAAUUCACCAAAAGAAACCGAAGUUACAGCCCCUCAGAGUUUAAAGGGCCAGAGGCCAAUCAAACGCUCCAGGCGCGCUGCAGAAAAGGGCCAUUGCCAUGUAAAUGUGUGGUUAAUUCUUCAAAAAAAAUUUUUUUUUUUUUUUAAAAAGCAUUUUUAGGCCUGUUAAUAAAAUUUGUUAAUUUCUGCUCUUUAAAACCUAAAAAAAUCAACUGGCAUGGUGUCCAAUUGUGUGCCAAAAUUGGACAUUUUUGUACAAUGUCUGGAUAUUCAUGUCUUGACAGGGCUGUAAUUUUUCACUGUUUCACUCUAGAAACAUGAAUCUUUGCACAGAUGAUGUUUAUAUGUUGGUUACUGAAUUUCUGGAACCAAAUGUGAUCUGAGGCAUAUUUUUCAAAUGCUAAAAAUUUAAAAAAUAUAAUUAGGCGAGGAUAAAAUCUACUUACUUUUUCUGUGUUCCAGUCUCAGUAACUUUGACACAGUAAUAUCUGCUUCAAUAUUUACACCUCUGAUGAAAUUUCCCAAGUGUUAGCUUUAUUUUGAUACCAAGAUUGUAAGGACAGAGUUUGUAAUUGCCGAGAAAUAAUAUAAUAAUUAAAUUUGGGCAUUACAUUUUCGAGCAGGAAGCUCAGAAACCCCCUUGGGGCUUAAGAGGUUAAAUAAGCAAAUUAAAUUACCUCCAGGACUGUAAGGGGACUUAAGCCUAAAUGAAAGAAACACUUGGGCCUUUGUUAAUGUUUCAUGUUCCAUUAGCUCAGUCAGUGAAAGUUUAGACAGAAUGUUUUGGUUUGGUUAGAUUCACACAAGUUCUUAUUAGAUAAAACUGUUCAAACUGGAAACAGUCUGAAAAAAUUUACCAGUGCUAGAAUUUUUCAAACCAGCAACUGCCAGUCAGUGGAAAUGGAGUAUUUGCAUAUGUUUAAUACACUUCCUCUGGGUGGUUGUAAAAGUUUUAGUUGCAUACUUUUAAUUUAGUUUUAGUUUACCUUUAUGUUCUUUGUCAACACUUCCUUUGGAUUUUAGCAACAUUUGAACAUUGCUAAGGGUGAUGCAAGCGUGAGUCUCCAUAAUAAUUAUUGCCUCAGACAACAGCAUUGUGGUUUAGCUGUCAGAAAUUGUAUUAUUUGUGAACCUUUCUUGUUUUGCUACUCAGAAUUUGUAAAGAAGAUAAGACUUAACCUUUUGUAGGGGACUGAAAAAAAAUGAAAAGUAUUAUUAUUAUUUUACUUCUCUGACUUUUUCUCUCAAGAUUUUUGUUUAAUAAGUGUGGUUCGUCAUCUCGUAAGGCUGUUGAGGAA